AAGAAAAGGAAGGCUUUAACAAGUGAGUCAUUAACCAGGAGUGGAUCUACAGUGUGGCGAUGGAUGAUUGUGACGGAUGACGGUGGCUUCAGUGAUGGCCACCUGCCCACUGGACGUCAAACGUUCCCAGUUUCUGCCUCGGCUGCUGCCAAACCAGUUGGUAACAGAGCAACAAUCGCUACAACUGGUGAAGAAGCUUCUGACCAUUGCCGUGUCGAGCGUCACCUACCUCCGUGGGCUGCUACCAGAAAAAGCCUACACUGGCAAAUCUGUGGGAGAUACUCGCGUCAUGAUCCUCGCAGAGAACGCUUGUCCUGCAGCCACUCAGAUUAUUCACUGGCUGAAAGGAUGCUUUGAGGCCAUCGAGAAAAAAUACCUGCAAGCCGCCACCCUGACGAUUUCCAGUGGUCUGGAAAGACCUGAGAUAGUGACAGAGCUCUACCGCUUCAGGAUUCAGUACACUUCUGCUGGAGCGCAGAUGGAUUUCCAAUGCAACGACAACAUGACAACAAUGGAAUGUGGAAACGCCACGAUGGCCAGUUCCACGCUGGUCCUGAAGCUGUUCAUGCUCCUGCAGGACCUGGGUCCUCUACCAGGCUGCGUGAGGAUGCGCAUGAUGUUGUCCUAUUAUCAUGAGGUUACUCCUCAGCAGUACCAUCCUCCGGGUUUCAAGGCCGCUGACGGAAGUGCUCUUGAGUUUGAGAAGGAGCCAGUGAAAUUGCGCUUUGGAGGUGUUGACACUCGGUUCCACACCAUCAAACUGGACAUGACGACAGAGAGACACAGGCUGGAGCAGGUGGAGCCCAGCGUUUGUGUGAAAGAAAGCUGGCUGUUUGAAGGGGAGGCCAGAAGGAAGUCUCAUGCGAUGGAGACAGAGACAUCCACAGAUACAGACACGACUCUUGCAGAUUUUGGUUCCCCAGAGGCAGGAGACAAGUCUGAGGGCGAGAGCCGGUGCACCAAGCGCCGCCGGCUCAACCAAGCCACCGAGUUCUUCUGAGGCUUGAAGAUGCCUCUGUCAGCAUCCUGUUCUGAAUUGUUGUUGCGCUGACUGAGCGUCACUUGUUGGCAUAUUUUGUUGUAAAAGGUUCAAUUAAAUCACUGCAGUUCACAGCGGCGUCACUCGA